AUGGCCACCAACGCCCUCAAGCCGGGGGAGCAGUACAUCUCCUUCAAACGCUCCCCCUCCCCCCUUCCCCCGCACGCCGAAAGCUCCAGCGCAGCCAAACGCAAGGCCUCAGACACCCCCAUCCCCGGCGAGAAGGCCAAAAAGAAGAAGGCCAAGAACAACAAGAGCAAGAGCAAGAAGGGACCCAAGCAAGCCGAACCGGAAAAGUCCAUGAAGGAUCAGAAAGAGCUUGCCAACAAGCAAAAGAAGAACAAGGAGGCGAAAGAGCGACACCAGGCUGCAGCGAAAGGCAAUGCCGGCAUUGGCAUUGAACGCGGGCCUCGGAAUAAGAAGGAGGAGCAGAAGGCCGCAGAGAGACAUGCGCCUUGGACAGAGCUGGUAGAUGUCGACAGAUGUCAGGAUCCUACCGACCUGUUGACCGAAGAGAUCAACGCCUUUUACAAAUACGUGUCGCCUACCAAAGAAGAGUUUGAAGUCCGACUGUUCAUCAUUGAGCUCAUCACUCGAGCGAUUGCAAGAUUAUGGCCAGAGGCUGAGGUCACUCCUUUUGGAUCAUGGCAGACACAGCUGUAUCUUCCUCAAGGCGAUAUCGAUCUAGUGGUCACACACAAAGAAAUGUCGGACGCCAACAAAGCUCGCUUACUGGCAGAACUAGGCAAAGCUAUGCGACAGACCGGCAUCACAGACACGGUGGCUAUCAUUGCCAAAGCCCGAGUACCCAUCAUCAAAUUUGUCACCCUUGACGGCAAAAUCAAUGUCGACAUCUCUCUGAAUCAGGCCAAUGGUGUCACUGCUGGUAAAAUUAUCAACCAGUAUCUUGACGCUUUACCUGGAUCUCGACAGCUGAUCCUGGUGGCAAAGUCGUUCUUGAGCCAAAGGUCGAUGAACGAGGUGUAUACUGGAGGUCUGGGGAGUUACUCUGUCAUCUGCUUGGUCAUCUCUUUCCUUCAGGUUCAUCCAAAGCUGCGGAGAGGCGAGCUGAACCCCGAACUCAACCUUGGAACCCUGCUCAUUGAAUUCUUCGAACUCUAUGGUCGUAACUUCAACUACAACGAUGUCGGCCUAUCAAUUCGUCGGGGAGGAUUCUACUUUUCAAAGUCGGACAGAGGAUGGAUGAGGAAUCAGAGUUUCCUGUUGAGUAUUGAGGAUCCCCAGGACAAAGACAAUGAUAUCUCUGGAGGAUCAUUCGGUAUCCGCCAAGUACGAAACACCCUUGCAGGAGCAUACGAGCUACUUUGCAUGAGACUGUUCCAGCGGGCCGAGGAUAUGGCUCAAGUGCGUCGGGUACAUGGUGGGAAGGGUAGGGUGAGGGCACCUUGGCAGGAUAUGGACGGUGAUGACUGGAGUAUUCUGGGUGGAGUCAUGGGAAUCACUAAAGAGACACUCAAACAAAGAGCGGAAAUGCUUAGGAUCCACUCUCAAUCGAUACUUCAUCGCAAACUCAACAUCCCACCCGCUGCAGACCCAUCCCUCUACGUGAAACACUAUCGACCCCCGCCCGUCAUCUCUGUUCCCUCCGUCUACGCGCGCAAAGCCAGUCCACCACGGGUAUCUGUGGGCGGUGCGUCGAGCAAAGGCAAGGGGAAGAGCAAAGAUGUCGGAGCGAUCAUGGUGGAGGAUGAUGAAGUCAGUGAAGGGAGUGACUCGGGAUCCUCAGGCAGUGACGAUUCGGACGACUCUGGAUCAGACAACUCUGAUUCUGAUGCUCCUAUCGCUAUAUCGCCACCGCGACCUUCCAAUCAGCGCCGUCAUCUCCCAGGGGCGGAAGAGGGCGAGAUUAUUGAGAUACCUCAGAUCCGGCGUACGCUCGGGAGCGACGAGCCAUCAGAGGACGAUUUUGAGGUCAUCAUUGAUCCUCCUGAAGAGUCUCGCUAUGCCCUGUCCAAGACCAAGGAUAAGAGUAAUGGGUCUAGGGGCAAGAAAAUCGAUGCGUUCUCACAUCCCUUGCCUGCUCAGAGGGGCGAGGGUGAAGUAGACGAGGAGGAAGAAGAUUCUGAUGCGGAAGCCCUCCGUAAGAUCAUGGAGGGCAACGAUUCCGACAUCGACUUUGGCUCGGAGGAUGAGGUAGCUGGUGGGAAGGAUCUGAUGGGGGCUAUAGAAGUCUCUUCCGGAGACGAAGUGAGCAAAAAGCCGGAAGGGAAGAAGAGAAAAAAACCCAGGCACAAAAAAGUCAGGCAGCAAGAGCAGCUUCAGCAACAGCAGAAAGCGAGGAUGGACAAGCAGGCUUUCUGGGCUGCCAAGGGGCGCAUGGGCGCUGGUAGCCGUGGAGCGACGGCGGAGGAAUGGAGUGAUUGA